ACAGAGAAAGCUAAGAAAACUCAAAAGGCGGUGGUGAGAGUGUGAUAAAAAGAUAAGAAAAGAAAGAAAAAAAAAUCGACGGCAGCAAGUAUGAGUUCCGGUAUCGGAAGUUUAGUUAAGGUCAUCUUUAAGAACUUCGAUGUCAUCGCUGGACCUGUGAUUAGCUUGGUUUAUCCUCUAUACGCAUCAGUGAGGGCAAUAGAGUCGAGGACUCAAGGAGACGAUAAGCAAUGGUUGACGUAUUGGGCUCUCUAUUCACUUAUCAAACUCUUUGAGCUCACUUUCUACGGACUCAUCGACUGGAUCCCACUAUAUCCUUACGCUAAGCUAGCCCUAACAAGUUGGUUGGUCUUACCGGGAUUGAGCGGCGCUGCUUAUCUCUACGAGCACUAUGUGCGUUCAUUCCUUUUAAGCCCACAUACUGUUAAUGUAUGGUACGUGCCAGCCAAGAAGGAUGACGGUGACUUUGGAGCAGCUGCUGGCAGAUUUACUCCGGCAAAUGAUUCCGGUGCGCCUCAAGAGAAGAUUGUGAGCUCGGUGGAUACAUCAGCAAAAUACGUUGGUCACUCGGCCUUUGAUGACACCUAUAGCUACUAGUUCAUGCUGGUUGUAUCUUGAAUAUCGUGACUAGUGUAUCAUUUACUUCUUCUUUUUUUUCUUUCUUUCUCCUUUUUAGUUUCCAAGUCUUAUGAAGUUUGUUGUAACUGUUGAGGAGAGUUUUAAUAUUAAAAUAAAAGUUUCUGCGUAGAUAAUUUAUAUAUAUUCGUGUAGUAAUAAGAUCAGAGCACAUAACUCUGGACUAGGUAAAUGUAACUCAAUUAAUUAGAACAACUA